UCGAUGUCACUGUCAAAAUAUAAAAUACAUGCAUGCAAUAGGAAGUGGAUGUAGGAAUUUAUUCAAAUUCAUAUUGCUUGUUCUCUAGAGUUUUAUUUUUCUUAUUCAUUGUAAAUUGCUAAUAUGGGUGAUCGUGACGAUUUUGAAGAUCAACAAUAUCCCGAUAACGAUGAGUUCGUUCCAUACGUGACAGCCGGAAAUUUAACGCAUCGAAUUGGCGCCAAAGUAUGUCUGUGGGGAAAUGUUACAAAAGUUUCAGCUAGUGAAGGAUUUUAUGUGAAAACUGUAGACGACCAGGAAAUACUUAUUAAACUGAAGAGGCCAUUGAAUGAACCCUUGGAGGGCUGGUAUGAGAUAUAUGGUACAUCGCAAGGGAAAAGUGUUAUUUGUGAUGAGUACGUGCCAUUCUCGGCGGAAAUGACAAAAAAUAUUGAUGUGGAAGGUCACAAAAGCUUAGCGAAAUUUUUGUCAGCCCUUGAUGAUCCAUGGAACUUGGGAAACGAUGAAUCUAACGGCAUGCAUGGAAUUACACCGAUGGAAUAAUCGAAACAAACCAGACAUUUAGUUUUGUAAGUUAUGAACUAAUUCCAAUAUUUUGUAAUUGUUCGAAUAAAACAUACUUUUCCA